GCCACAGCAGACCAAGAGCGGGGCAGACAGUAGUAAGGCAACGGCAUUCAUCCUGUUACCGGAGGACAACUCUUCUUGGUUCCUGAGGUUUUCGGUUCCUGUUCAGAGGACCGGAAACUAACUCUACACCUUACUGGCGGUGCAUUUGUGAAAGAACACCCAAAAUAUUGUUUUUGAUGACCGAGACUUUUUACGUAUUCCAAAGCAAGACAGAUUGCGGGUCGGGAAGUCGGUUUGCAUUAACCCCGUUCCCCGUCUCCAAGAGACGCACAAAAGGCACACUCCCAAGUCUACCUGGAUAAGCUGACAAAGCCGUCCGGUUACAGAUCCAGAAUUGGAGAGGAGAAAUAAGCGCGGAAAGACGGGAGCAAGACAAGGGGAAGACAGGAUGAAACUCAAGAGUCAUUUGAUUUUCACCCUCUACACUAUUUAUGGGAUUCUUCUUAAAGUGAUGGCUUCAAAAGGCAAAGUUCGAGGGAUAAGCGGACAGUAUCCUCUGGUUCAGAACGUGACUGUGACAGAGGGUGGGAUAGCGAACCUGACCUGCCGUGUGGAGUUUAAUGACAACACCUCCCUCCAGUGGUCAAACCCAGCACAGCAGACCCUCUUUUUUGGGGACAAGAAGGCUCUAAGGGACAACAGAAUCGAGCUUGUGCGUGCAACAUCAUCAGAGUUGACCAUCAGCAUCAGUGAUGUCACGCUGUCUGAUGAAGGCAUGUACACCUGUUCUCUCUUCACCAUGCCUGUCAGAACGGCCAAAGCUUACCUGACUGUUCUGGGUGUGCCAGAGAAGCCAGAGAUCGAUGGCCUGACAAAGCCCGCCAUGGAGGGAGACCACAUCACUCUGACCUGCAUCACCCAGGGCAGCAAGCCCGCCGCUGACCUGCGCUGGUUCAGGAAUGAAAAGGAGGUCAAAGGUGCCAAAGAGGUGAAUGCAAGUGGGAAGACAUUUACAGUACGGAGCUCUCUACAGCUGCAAGUGGACAGAAAUGAUGAUGGAGUGGCCUACACCUGCAGAGUGGACCACGUGGCACUCACACAAGCACCACAGCAGGCCACUGAAGUACUGGAGGUCCACUAUGCUCCUCGUGUGGAGAUCACCCAUUCCCUUGAAGUCCCUCAGGAGGGUCAGUACUUGAAGUUGGAGUGUGUCUCCAAAGGAAACCCUUCGCCAGAUCCUGUGAUGUGGACAAAGGAUGGAAGUGAACUUCCUGACCUGGACAGGAUGAUUGUAGAAGGAAGAGAGCUUACCUUUACGUCUCUUAACAAGACAGACAAUGGGACCUACCGCUGUGAAGCUAGCAACCACCUAGGGACCAGCAGUGCUCAAUAUGUACUCUACGUCUAUGACGCCCCCACCACCCUGCCUCCACCCACCACUCCCCCCCUACAUCCCAUCACUCCAGAUCCUACCGCACUAUUAGGCUCCCACGCCUCAGACCCCACAGUCACUGGCAACAGAGAUCCCAAUGCUCUUGGGCAGCACGGCACUGACCAUGCCUUGAUCGGAGGAGUGGUGGCUGUAGUGGUCUUUGUCACCUUGUGUCUAAUCAUCGUUCUGGGAAGAUACCUGGCCAGGCAUAAAGGAACAUACUUGACAAACGAGGCCAAAGGAGCGGAUGAUGCCCCCGAUGCCGACACAGCCAUCAUCAACGCUGAGGGAAACCACGCGCACGCGGAAGAAAAGAAAGAAUACUUCAUUUAGACUGCAGGGGGAGCUGUGCAGCUCUUGCCUUCUCAUUUCCUUCUUUUGAUCUCUGUACUUCUUAUUCUCUCUUUCCGUCUCCCACUUUUCUUGUUCUCCUCCGGCCACUGGCCCCCAUCAUGUCAACAAGGAACCCACAGGCAGUCCACAAACAGACAAGUUCCCAGUGUGUUUUCCUGUUAUUUCCUUCUGUUGAAACGAUCUCUGUCAUUUACAUCUUGUCCUUUAUUUUUUCAUUGGUUUGGGGGUUUUCUUUGUUUGUUGUUUUUUGCUUUUGGCAGAUGUUUUUCACUGGCAGCUUGCUGUUGCUGCUGAAGUUGCCCCUUUGUCACUUCCUCAUCUUCAACAUGAAUACCUAGAAAUCUGUAAAUCUACCAUGACUGCUCCUUAGCCCUCUCGUUAGUCUUUGCUCCUCUUCCCCACCAAGCAGACACCCAAACACAUAUUCCUGUUCACACACAUCCACGAACACAUAUCAUCUCUCACAUCAACACGGUGCCUAAAAAUACAGACGCCAUUGAACUUCUGUCAAUGCCUUCAUGUAUCGUCUGUCAGUAGCAAUGUAAAUGCUUUGUAGAUGGUUACCUUAGCCAUCAUUCCAUUGCUUAGCUCACAGCUUUUUAUUACGCAUCGAAUCUUUUUUUUCUGUUUUCUUUUUCUUUUUGAAUGACAAUUUGUGCUAUUUACGCCUUAUACAUGUCUGUCACACUAAAUAUGGUACUUUUAGGUGAUCCACUUUUCCCUAUUCCAUCUCCCUCUAAAUAGAGUUGUAAUUAAACCAUUGACCCUUGUAAGAUACGAAGAAGGAUUUGUGUAACACUGUAGCAAGGUUUAUCAGAUACAGUAAGUGUACAAUAUGAUUUGCAUUAUUAGGGUAGGAGUAAUAAAGGGUAGUGUGGUAUUGUUUAGAGCAGAGAAAAACACACCAAAAAUAUAUGAAAGAUGCCAGGUCAAGCAUUCCUUUUCAGCAAGCAUAAUCAAGUAUAUAAAACCACUUGCUAAAUGUGCUGCCCAGGUACUUUUACCUGUAUAGUCCUGCACCGUCCAGGCAGCGGUUUAGCAAAACACCAUCACCUUCAGUGUCAUCUGGACAGCUUACGGUAGUUUGUGUUUUCCAUAAAGGGUUCAGGUGUGCAGAAAGAGUCACUCUCCUCUCUCUGUAUAGGCUGUAUAAAUUGUAUUCAAAUAACUUUAGCUUUUCACUUUGAAUAAUUUGGUUAUCGUUUGUCACAGUGGAAUUAUUUUAAGGCUUGAAGAACCCGUGAAAUGUAAACUCAACCAUAAGGUGUUAAAACAAGACCAGACCAAUAACAUCUGUUUGAUUACUGUCAUUGUUUUUGAUUCUGUCACCUUCAAAUUUAUUUUUAAAUAGUUUUUAAUAGUUUAGUGAAGCUGCCCUCAUCAGCUUGUCAUGCUUUUUAUGCCUAUUUUCCCAGUCUGUCUCCAUUAACUCAACUUUCAUUUCCAUUUCACGGGGUCUUCAAGAAAAAAAAAAGCAAAUAGAAAAAGAAACAAAUGGUGUGAGUGCUGGGUCAGGGAUCUGCAGGGGCCUCUUUUCCAAAACUUAAAAAAAACUGAAAACAAAUAGAAAAGCACAAAAUUGUCUGAAUGAGUUACUGUGUUCAUUUGCCAACAACUAGAUCGCCUUGUGAACGGUUCUUUCAUUCAAAUGGGUAACGAGAAGAUGACAAGGCUGUCUUUGAUUCAAUUCUGAAGAAAAAAAAAGUGCAGUGCAUCUUUUUGAAAAUGUAAGCUAAAUCAUGUUUUUAUAUUUAAAAAGAAAAUGUUUCUAAUAUUUUUUUGGUUUUAAUGGUUAAGCUCCCUGCUGUAUAUUGUGUCUGCUACAAUGUGGUUGGUUGUGAAAAUUGCUGUUAAAUUCUGGAUUCCUGUAUUUGCUCAAAUAUGUAUAUUAGCCACCUUAUCUAAUUACUUUUUUUUCCAUUACAUUAUCCUCAUUAGAGAAAUUUUAAAACAAAUGUAUUUUUGUUUUGGCACAAGGCAUGUAAAUAAUGUGUGAGAACUAAAUUUUGGUAAUACACAUUAGCAUGUUUUUGUUUGGUUCUUUUUCAUGUUUAAUUUAUUUGAAAUUGAAAUUUAUUUAAGAGAGAACCACAAUGAAGAUGGUAUAUUUGUACCUUGAUUUUGGGAAAACGGUGGCUUUGUGUGUUUGUGGCCUGACCCUAGUUGCUCCAAAUCUGAAGAAGUUGUUGUUCAGGACAUUUGGCAAAUCAAACACGCAAAACUCCGGAAUAAGCUGCUUUUCCAUGGAAAUUGAGGUAAUAGAAUUUGGAGCUGAAAUCAAAAGAAACAAUACCUCCAUGCCGGUUGCAAGAAAGUUUCCACAUAUUAAGACAGCCAUGACGCGUCAUAGUCAGCAACCUUUCAUCUUUCAUGAGUUUGGAGAAGUUUGGCUUCGAAGGAAUGAUCCUAAAUGCUCAAAAGCAAGGCACUAGUCUGCUACCAGGGAGCAAAUUAUAAUCAAGGGCAAUAAUAUUUUGGGCCAAUUGUCUCCAUUUUGGUGGUCUAAUUUACAACAUUAUGCAAAUAGGGUCAGCAAAAAUCUUUUGUCUGUAUUUUGUUACUCGAGCACUUCUCGAGUGAACCACAAGUUGGGAAUAAUUAAGUCAAUCUACUCAGUUUUACCUUUCAUCAUCGAUGUAGGAUUUAGGGGGUUUUGACAUUUUAAUACAUUUUUAAAAGCAAUUAUUUGUUUGUUUUGAAAAUAAAGAAGCUUUGCCACAGUUUCCAUAUCUCACACUUUUAGUGCACUGAGCAUAUCACUAUAUACAGGUUCAACUUCAGCGUCACCACAAAUGCUCUACACAAAGUGUUCUAGUCUAACAUGUUCUAGCAAACCUUGGGUUUUACAUGUGUAGAUACAUUUCUUACAAUGAUUUAACAUCUUUAUCUCUCUUUCUUUUUUUUUGGUUUUGUAUCUCGUUCUAUUCAUUGUGUCUUAAAUCACUGAUGGUGUCGAUCACACUUGGUGUUGCUUUACAACUCCAACUUUGAAACAGGAAAGUAGUUGAAUGACUUUGUUGAUUCUGAAGUCAGAGAAACAAGUUAGGCGGUUUCAUAUCAAACACACUGAGAAUUAACCGGGUCUGCAGUGAUGAGUUGAUGCUGGCAUUAGUAAUUAAACAGUUGCCAUUUACUCAAGUAUGCACUCUGACCAAUGUGGUGGAUAUUUCUUAGUAAUUAGUAAAAUCUGUGCUUUGUUUUGAGGUUUGUUUUUUCUUUCUGAAACUCACAUGUAAAUGUUUGUUUUGACAUAAUAGUAAUGAGCUAAUUUGUUGCAGAUGGAUUUUUAUAAUCAUUAGACCAAACCUGAAUCUUGUUUAAUUUGUUAUUUUAGCAGCCUGGCACAUACGACCAUGCACUACGACAGGAUCAACUGUAGCUCUGUUAUAUCUUGGCUAUCUUUGUUUUAUUUCUGUAUUGUUGUCGGCUGAAAAUAAGCUUUAAACGCGUUGCCUCCUUGAUUUUCAACGUUUAUCAGUUGGGUUAAUAUUCGCUAGAUCACAAGCCUUUAAUUUCAUCCUGGCAGCAAGACGGUAAAGGCACUAACAGAGCCGCAGUGCCAUUUUCAUUGGGCACAAGUCCAUUUUGUGGGAUUGUAAGUCUCUAAUUUCCUGGCUCCAAACAAACCCGCUUUCUUCAACUGAAGGUGCGAGUCAGGGAGCUGCGGUUGUGCAUUUAUGCAGAUUUAACAGUGCAAUACUGGCAGUAAUUUCGACAUGAAAUUGCACCCAGUUUUGUGAACAAUUUCCAGGUUGGCGGAGACACAAACAAGCCUGUGCAAAAUCACAUUAAAAAAAGUUUCAUGUAUAGGCUACUGUUUUGCCUAGGAUUUGUCAGGUUGAAAUGCACAAAACCCACACCUUUUAUGGGAUGUAAGCUGCUUGCAGUGGGUUAAAUUGGAAGAUUGUUUAUAGUUUCACAGUUCCUCGUGGGUUUGUGAGACCAUUCGCUUUGAGUUGAUAAAACUUCUAUCUGUAAUCAUCUCGUGUGUUCUGUUCUGAAUGCAAAAGACGGUAACUGUAUGAUCUCAAAUUACUGUUACUGUUUACAAUGUGGGCUGAUACAGUAUAUUGUUGCCUAAAAAAUUACCAGAUUACAGAGUAUCUUAUAAAGUCACAUUAAAACACAUAUUUGAAAAUCUUUAUAUUAGUGCCUUGUGACUCUGCACCUGAAGUUUGCCACUGAACCACCCUCCUGGGCUCAUUUAAAGAGGAAUCAGACAAGUUGAUGCGAUGUGUGAUUAAUAAAGCUUUACAAACCUGCUAAAAAAAAGACACUCGUUUCAUCGUACCACGCUGACCUCGAAGCAAAUCGGGUCACCAAACAUCGCAGGCAGUAAUGACACACACAUAUUUUUUUAACUUCCAGGAAAUUAGAGGCCCACGUUAGUAUUCAAAAUAUUAAAAUCUGCUUAUAAGCAGAAGUGAGCGUAAUGGACACUUUGGGUUAUAGUCUGUCAGAAAUUCUCCUUUUUUUAAUCUUAUGGUUUAUAUUUUUUUAAUACAUGAGUUUAAUGGCAAAUGUGUUCUCUACAGUAGUGCUUGUAACAUGACAUGGCUUGUUCCUGUCCCAUCUCCCUUCCUCUGGCUCUUCAGAUGUCUUUGCUGUACAGUAUGGCUUCAGUGCACUUCUCUAUCACUCCGCAAUAGUGACACAAGAAUCAAUCAGCCCAAUUUCUUUACUGUCACACCGAUAACAACAUGUGACACAAUCGCAUGUAGUGAUGUUUCUUUUUUUAUUAUUAUUAUAUCUGUUUCUUUUGUUUUGCAUCUCAGGAAUAUAUUUCAUUUAGAUUUUGUUCGUUUGUUUGUUUGUUUCCUGUCUUAAAAUGGGGACUUGUGAGCACUUUUCACUCUGCUAGUCCCUGUGUGCUGACACCAUGUAUUUUUUGAGUUUUAAGAUUAUCACAAUGAUAAUAAAAAAUGAUUCAGUGACUCUUCAAUAA